AUGGCAGGCGAAGCAGGCCAGCAUGAGGUCCCGGUGGAGGGAGGGUCGGCUACGCAAGAUGAGGACCAGGGCUUGCCUCGGGCGGUGGAUGGGUCUUUGGUGGUGGAUGAAGCCAGAGUCGCUGAAGUGCGGGUCGAUGAGGACGUCCAUGAACCUGACUACGGCGGCGCUACAGGGCGUUCGGAUGCGGCGCACGGAAGCCACGGAAACCAUGAAGGGUCGUCAAAUCCGCUUUUGGAGUUGACUGACCCUUCCGCUGGUAGGCAGCGACCGGUACCGGAUGCCCUGGAUGAUGGUUUGGCGCGAGAGCAGGCUGUGGCUGGAGAGCUGGUGGAAGCUCAGCUGCAGAUGACUGGUACUACCAGGCCAAGCUCGCGUGAGAGAAGGAGUGAAGAUGUUGGACAGGUGGCCCGUUCCCUGGCCUAUAUGACUUCACUUGUGACCACGUUGGUUGGAAGGAUGGAAAGAGUGGAACAAGCCCAGUCGAGGACUGGGUCUAGUGGGCGAAGGACUAUGACAUCGACGUCUGCGAGGAUGGAGACGCCUAUGGGCGGGACGCCAGAAGCUGGUACUGUCGGGUGGAUGGACCUCCAUCGUCUGGGUGAGCGUGUGGCUCAUAUGAUGAUUGAGCCCCAAGCUCCGGCUCCUCUGGAAAGACCACUGGCUUCUAUGGACUCCAUCUUUGCUGGAACCUUCAGUUCUGAUGACUCGGAAACUGCGAGGAUGAGAGCGGCUCAGGAUGGGCAGCUGCGUGGAGUGCCGGGGGCGCUGUUGGGGCCGCUAGCAGCCCCGUUAGGACCAGUGGUUUUGCCGCGGGGUCCCGAUGUGGGUGGUGUUCUACCUCUUCGCGAUGCACCUUUCGAGGUUUUGGAUCCAGGACCCGCUCAACAGUCGGUGCAGUUGUCAGGAAUGCCGCAAGGAUCAACUCAGCAGUCGGCGCAGUUGUCAGGAAUGCCGCAAGGAUCCACUCAGCAGUCGGCGCAGUUGUCAGGAAUGCCUUCAGGAUCCACUCAACAGUCGGUGCAGUUGUCAGGAAUGCCUUCAGGAUCCACUCAGCAGUCAGUGCAGUUAGCGGAAAUGCCUUCAGGAUCCACUCAGCAGUCGGUGCAGUUGUCAGGGAUGCCUUCAGGAUCCGCUCAACAGUCGGUGCAGUUGUCAGGAAUGCCUUCAGGAUCCACUCAGCAGUCGGGGAUGCCGUUGAGAAUGCCUCAGGGGUCUAGUCAGUCGCUGGUGCCCUUACCAAGUAUGCUUCAGGUGUCAAAUGGACAGACAGGUGGGCCGCCGAUUGUUUCCAGCGAGGGAGCUUUGUGUGGUCGGGAUCAAGAACUGGAGCGAGUCGAAACUCCGUUUCAGAGUGUGGCAUCUGAGAAUCCUCGGGCUUCAACAUUGGACGCUCAUCCCUCAGUACCUCCCGGUUUUGAGGGUAGCCGGACGCAAGGCAUGGUGAUGGGAGCUCCUGCGACGGGGCUUGUGUACGUGGAUGGAGAUUGGAGACCGUAUAUGAUGGUGCAGGGGCAGAUGGUGAUCCAAGCGGUUGAGGCAGCAAGAGCGUCGGUGGUUGGUCUCUCUUUGGCCGCCCCGACUUACGCUCCCGCAACCUCGCUUGAACCAAGCCAUGGGGCGGUUGGAGGGGCACAGCCUCCCCCGCCGCCGCCUCCGCCAAGGUCUCCUACGACACCGAGAAGGGGGACAGCAAUGGGCAACAAUGCUACGCCGGGUGGGACUCCGAUUCCUCCACCCCCACCUUCUACGCCAGCGGCUCCAACGUCUGGGAUGGGGACAGCGACUUCUCCAGGAGAAGUGGAGGAGCCGAGCAAGCUGGUGAUGAAGUUGCCACCAUUGGUGGCCACAAAGGGAACAGAUGCAGCAGUGGUGGCGGGAGAUUGGUUGGCUCAGUUGGAGCCAAGCAUGGCGAGUUUGAGUAGCACGGCGGCGGCAUGGUGGCAGCAAAUCAUGAUGAAGGUUACGGACCUUUACCAGAAAUGGCUGGAGUCCACUCCUGUGGACCGUUUGCAGAUUCGGCAGAGCGUGCUGGCAGAUCGCCCCCCGGUGGAUCGUUAUCAACGAGUGGAGCAGCGGGCCUCUAUGUUGUUACUUGACAGUCUGCCGGAAGACCUCAAGGCCGAAGCGGUUUCAGUCAGGGCGGUCACAGUUUUGGCAAUGGUGUUCUUGGUGCACUGUUCCUUUCAGCCAGGCGGGUCGGCAGAGAAAGCCUUUCUUCUUCACUUCUUGACGUCUCCAGACACAGGGGGCGCUGUGGAUGUGGCGGUGGCGUCGAUUCGUAAGUGGAUUCGUCUACUUCGGAGGGGAAAGGAGCUUCAAGUUGUACUACCCGACCCGAGUCUCCUUUGUCGAGGGCUGGACAAGCUUCAUGCUCAGGUGUUUACCCCCAGUAAACACCCUAGCGCUGCGUUCAGGAUCGCCAGCUUCAAGUUGGAGCGUCAGCUGGACUACAAGGCGAAGGCCUCAGAUGUGGAGGACUACGCUCAGCUGAUCUUGGGAGAGUUGGAGGCGGCACUGUUGGCCCAGCCCAUUGCGCAGCAGCCGAAGCUCAAUCGCAUGGAGGAGACCAACCUCAAUGACGCAGGGGACAAAGGAAAGGGGAAGGGCAAAGGAAAAAGCAAGCAGCCAUGUUGGUCGUGGAAUGAUGGCUCGGGCUGCAAGUACGCACAGAACUGCAUGUUUCGUCAUGAUCCCCUCGGGCCAGGUCGUUGUUGGACAUGUGGCAGCAGCAGCCACCUCAAGCCUCAGUGCCCGUACCACGGGCAAGGGGGGGGAACUUCAUCGGUGGCUACAGCUGGGGAGUCAAGAAAUUCGUCUACGCCUUCGGCACCCCCCCCUUCGAGCUCUACUACAACUCCAGAAGGAAAGGGCGGCUUGGAAGAAAAGCCAGCGAGAAAAGGGAGGAAAAAGGGUGGUGGAAAAGCAAAAGAUGCUGUGCGAAAGGUGGAGGAUGCUCCGUCUGAGGGGGGCUCUACGACAGCGGCUCAGGUGACGGCGGUGAAUGGGACUGCCCCAGCACCAUCCAUGGAGUCGGCAAGGGACGAGUUCUUCGAGGAGGCCGCGAAGGCUUUGAAGUCGUUGAGGCUAGCUCGGGCGACUUUGGAUCGGGUUUGCGCUCUCGGCGAGGACGGCAUGUCGGCCUUGGUUGACUCAGGUGCUACUACAUCGAUGAGGUCGGCUACAAGACACGAGUUGGCCGGGCUCCCAAAGCGCAAGGUGCUGUUAGCCGAGGGAGAAGCUGUGUUCUACCAGCUACCUGGCGGCACUCUUCUUACGGAGCGGGAGACUUCGCCCAUCCUGGCGAUGUCGGAUCUCAUGGCCAUUGGCUGUCGGAUUUCGUGGUGUACGGGGGAAGGCUGCAGAAUCGUCCACCCGGUGAAGGGUGAUUUGCAGACCCGUGUGGUGAAUGGAUGUCCAGAGGUGGAUGCCCAUCUUGGUCUUGAACUGAUCGGCGAAGCUGAAGCAACCAAGCUUCGGAGGCGAGAGGCAGAACUCGCUGUGCGCAAGUUGGUGGAUACUUGCAGGGAUAAGCCAAUGAUGGAUUGGAGUUUGGGAUUGAAGGCAGUUCGAGACCUUCGGAGCGGUGUGGGAGUUUCGUGGGCUUGGCUGCGUCGUCUCUUCCCAGGUGCCCCUUCGUGGUUGAUAUCUUCGGUGCCAGUGGUGGCGUCGCUGGAUGGAGCAAAGGUGCCAUGGAAUCGUCGGGAGCGGAAGCGGUGGAAGCAGGCUUCGGCGAUUGGAAUCCAUCUUUUCUGUGGGAAGGACCGUCAGACUUGGAGGUCGUCUGCGGAGGCGGCCUGUGUGGUUACUGUGGAUCAGGCGGAAGACAUCAUGGCGGAUGACACGUAUGCGGCGCUCCUCGACUUGGCGCUCACGGGCAAGGUCAAAACGGUGUUUGGCGGCCCUCCUUGUCGCACGUUCUCAGCUUUGCGAGGUCAUGGUCCAGAAGACGGUGGACCCAGACCACUUCGAACUCGCGAGGGUGAAGGCCGCUGGGGGCGAGAUGAUUUGAGUGAGUGGGAAACCUGGAGGGUGCGGCAGGACAGCAUCAUGAUCUUUCGGAUGUUGUUUCUUUGGAUGGUGUCGGCCGUGGUGGCAAGGGAGGCGGGUGAAAGGCUCCCAGACUUUAUCCUGGAACAUCCCGAGGACCCCAAGGAGUUCAUGGACGCGGCUACUCAUGGUGAGCGUCGGGAGUGGACCUCGUUGUGGGCUUUUCCAGAAGUGCAGUUCAUUAAGGAGGAGCUUGGCUGGCAUUGGUGGCAGUUUGAUCAAGGGCCUCUAGGACAUCCUCGCCGGAAGCCGACAAGGGUGCUAUCAUCAGUACAGUGCCCGCGGGAGCUUCAUGGUGUACGUGGACCUUCGGUGGUCUCCGAGGAGGAGUGCGACCAUGAUGGGGGUGGGUUUCGCUCAUCUUCGUGGGCGUCAUGGGCACCCCAGCUGAAGCAGGUCAUCAAAACCGAGGUGGAGCUGAGUUUGGCUGGAGCCACCUUGGAGCGAGUGAUGAAGCUGGACAAUAGCUUCAUGGAGCACCUCCAGCGGGAUCAUAUUCCGUAUCGUCGAGACUGCAAGGCGUGUUUGGCCGGCGCUUUUCGGGGGCAUGUUCAUCGCCGGAUUGUGGCCCCGGAUGCUUGGUGUCUUUCGCUGGAUUGCAUCGGUCCUGCCAAACAAGGUGAAGACGAACUCUUGAAGAGAGUGAAGUAUGGCUUGAUUGCUACUUUGGCAGUCCCAGAUGUCCUUGGCAAACUCCUUCAGCCAGCAGAACCGGGUGACGAAGAUGACGGAGGCGGUGUGGGACCGGUUCUGGACGAGGACCCGCUCUACGAGGAGGACGCUGAUGCGGACGAUGAGGGCGAGCCCCAAACGGCUGCCGAAAAGGCCCGCGGGGAAAAGCAAGAGGCCAAAUGGGAGGCUAUGGCUGCCAAAGAAAAGGUUGAGAACGUGACCAUGGUAGAAGUUCCGUUCUUUGUCCCGCUGGCAUCCAAGGCGGCCCCGGAAGUCCUCGCGGCCACUAAAGAGAUUCUUCUUCAGGUUCGGCGUCUGGGCUUGGUGGUUCGAAGGAUACACACCGACUGCGGCAGAGAGUUUGUCAACAAGUCGUUCCGGGCUCUAUGUGCGGAUCGGGACAUCGUUCGCACCACCACGGGCGGGGACAACUUCAAGUCCAAUGGACGUGUUGAGGCACUGGUUGGCAGAGCCAAAAAUGCAGUGAGGACGCUCUUGAGCGCUUCGGCCUUGGGAUCCCAAUCUUGGCCCUUUGCUAUGAGGCACUAUGUGGCUCGCAUUCAGUGGUCGGUUGUCACUCAGCUUGGCGGUCGCUAUCCUCGGCUACCACCUUUUGGGACCAAGGUCUUUGUCAAAAAGAGAUCUUGGAAGAUGCUGAAAGAGGACUUCGUGGAGAAGGUCGUUGCGGCGCGGAUCCUGUGUCCCUCACUGGAUGUGGCCAGAGGCUUUCUGGUCAAGACGGAGGAUGGCAGCUAUCUCACUACGAUGGUGGCCGUCGAAAAUGUCAAGGAGGUGUCGGGAGAGUUUGUGGUGGAAGCGCCGCCGGCUCCCAGUGGAGCGCCGGGCACUCGACAUCGCAUUCGCGGGAAGUCUACCAUGGCUAUUGCCAAGUGCCAAGAGGAGUACCUACGGAAGGUGGACCCCCAGCACGAGGAGCACCUCAUCCAGGAUGAGGAGCUGGCGGAAACGUUUCUCGAAGCUGAGGACUUCUCUCCGGCCGCGGUGGAGGAGCUGAUGAAGGCGCUGUGGUUGAGUGAAAUGGCGGAGUAUGUGGGAGCUACCAACUUGGUGCGUCAGCGGCCGGCUUUGACUAGGUUUUUGGUCAAAGCCAUGAAAGCUCAGUUGCCACCUGGGGCCACGUUUACUACGCUGGCUAUCAACUUCAACGUGCCGAUGCAGUGUCACCGCGACAGCAACAACAAGCCAGGUGAGAAUGCCUACAUCAUGGGAGUGGGUGACUAUGCUGGUGGGCAAUUGUGGUGUCAUGCGGAGCCGGCCGGCAACGACAAUCUAGUUUGGAAAAAGUGCGGCAACAAGUGGCUCCCGGGGCGACUUCUUGAUCUUUAUCACCAGGCAGUUCCUUUCAAUCCACGUGGUCUACAUCAACCUCAGCCGUGGCAAGGUCACAGAAUCACCAUCAGCGCCUAUACGGUCAACUGCGCGGAGAACUGUUCUCAAAGCAAUCUUGAUCUACUACAAGCACUGGAUUUCCCGCUACCGCAUGAGCAAGUUCAGGCGCCGCCUGAAGGAGGAGGAGUUGCGGUGCGUGGUCAGCGGGGUGCCGUGGUAGGAGGUGCCACAAAAAGUUUGCUUCGGUCAAAGGGAGCUUUGAGGGCGCUGUGUGCGGAGUUUUCGUCGCACGGUGAGUGCGGAGAGGAUAGCUUGGUUCCGGGGGAGCAGCAGACCUUGGAAUCUCAUCAAGUUGCUGGCGGUGAAGGUCAGGACUGUUUCUCAACAGGCGAUAGCUUGGUUCCGGGGGAGCAGCAGACAUUGGAAUCUCCUCAAGUUGCUGGCGGUGAAGGUCAGGGUGUUUUUCAGUGUAUCUGCAAAGGCUACGAGGUGGACCCGUCUCUAUGUGUCUGUAGGAUGACUGCAGUGGAGUCAAGUGGUGGUCCGCAGAGGUUCUACAUUGGAGACCAGGCUCCAGAUCUUCGUGAAGGACACGGUGGUGAUGGAUAUGAAAGCUGGUUGGAAGAAGCGUGGGGGGCGUUUGGACCGCCCGAAGUGCCUCAUCUCAAGUCCUUGGGCGACGAGGGUCAGGACCUGUACCAGAUCGUGGGUUCGGAGGUUCCACUGGAGGUGGGAUGGGAUUUGCUCAGCAGCUAUGUUGACGAGCUUCGUGUGGCGUUGGUUCAGGAAGAGUAUGCUGAAAGGGAGCAUUUGCUGAGCCGAGGUGAGGAUGGAGAUGAUGUUGGGGGUUCAUUAGCUCAGUGGAUUCACAGUCGGCAACAUCUGGAGGAUGUUCUUCGCCUGUAUCAGGAGCCGGAGGAGGAAGAGGUUGGGAGCUCGAAGCUUCGAAAGAUCGAGGGCCUGGAUGACGAGGUCCCACUCCACACCAAGACGAUCCCCAACGAGGCGGUGAGGAAGGAACUCCAGCGAUGGGCGCCCAGCAUGGCGGCUGAGUAUGAAGCACUCAUUCGAGAAAAUGAGGCGGUGGAACCUUUCCCGGAGGAGACGCUGGAGCAGUGGAGGAAGGAAGGACGAGAGUUCGAUCUCGUGCCCGGGAAGACUGUGCACACCAUCAAGGCGUUCGCCGGACGUUUGAAGACGCGGGCAGUGAUCUGUGGCAAUUUUCUUGGGCAGUGCUUUACCAAGGCUCAAAAGUAUGCUGCCGGGGCGGACAGUGUCUUGAUUCGUCUUCUACUACGAGAAGUUGCUUUACGACGUUGGAGGGUAUGCGUCAUUGACGUUCGGACUGCUUUCCUGCUUGCCCCGCUGCUGUUCCAGGACUCCAGGCCCACGUUGGUGAUGGUUCCGAAGAUGUUUCUCAUGGCUGGGAUUUGCAAGGAGACUGUUUGGAGAGUGAAGCGUGCGCUGUAUGGCAUGGUGACUUCGCCAAGGAGCUGGGAGGUCUAUCGGAACCAGACGAUGGCCAAAAUGGAGGGCAGCAUCAAGGAGGGCAAGGUGUCGCUGAGGCCCUCGGAGGUGGACGGGAGCCUAUGGUAUGUGAUGGUCGGGUCGCGCCGUGCGGGUGCGGUGGUUUGCUACGUCGACGAUCUCCUCAUCGUUGGUGAGGACGAAGCAGCGGCCGAAGUGGCCGGCAUGUUCAAGAGGACCUGGAAGUGCACCGAGCCUCAAUGGGAUGAUGUUUCCUUCAAUGGUUUCGAGAUCAAGAAGACCGAGAAUGGCCUGUUGCUCACCCAGGAUAGCUAUACCAAGGACCUCCUGGAGCGCUAUCAGGACAUCGAAGGCUAUGAGGAGGUGCCGGCCCCGAUCCAGCUGAAGUCGGAGGAGUUCGAGCUGAAGGAUGGCGAGAAAGCUUCCGACUAUGUGCGGGCUGCUCAGGUGAUGGCGGGGGAAGUUCAGUGGCUGGCAGGAAGAUGCCGACCUGAACUAGUGUAUGCUACGAACUUGCUGUCGCAGGCCAUCUCCAAAUCUCCUAAGGAGGCGGUGUACCGUGGAGGCCAUUUGCUGCGGUAUUUGAAAAGGUUCCCUGCUGGAGGCCUGAAGUACUCCGUCUUGCCGGUCGUGGACAAGGAGUCUAGGACCUCUGGAGAAGGGCCCUUUCUCGAGGGGUUCAGUGACGCGUCGUUUGCUCCAGAUUCGGAGCGCAGUCAACAGUGUAUCCUGAUCUUCCUUGCGGGUGGCCUCAUCGCGUGGACGAGUUCCCGCCAGCCUUUCGUGACGAUGUCUACCGCAGAGAGUGAGCUGGUUGCAAUCUGUGAGUUGGUCACGUGUAUGAAGUCCAUUGAGCACCUCGCUGCGGAGGUGAUGCUGGGACACAUGUCCGAGGUGGGCAAGGUUCGGAAGAUCUUGUACAGUGAUUCCCAGGCGGCAUUGGCGGUGUGCCGUUGUGCAGCAGGCAGCUGGAGGACCCGGCAUUUGCGGAUCCGUGGUAACCUUGUACGUGAGCUGCUAGACCAAGAUGACUGGACAUCGUUCCACAUUGAUGGUCGAGUGAUGACCGCUGAUGUGGGAACUAAGCCGCUGGCAGCAGAUCGUUUCCGGAUGCUUGUGGAUCGGAUGCAGAUGUCAAGGACCCGGGUUUCCCCAGAGACUGCCCCAUCCGGGCGGACGGUACCGCCUCAAGUGGCAAAACGAUUGGUCCUACUGCUGUGUGUGGCUUCUCUUGUGGAUCAGGUCGAAGCUGCGGAUGCGGAGGCGAUGGACUAUGCUUACUAUGGCAUGAUGACGGCGGUGCUGGUGGCAAUCCUCACGGUGUAUGAGUUUGUAAAGUGGGCUGUCAAGGAACUGUGGGAAUGCGGUCAAGGUCGAGCUCGUGGAGCGAGGCGUCCCCCAAGAACGACAUCUUCCACCUCGAGCUCCACUGAUGAGGAGGGUCCUAGAUUGAGGUCUUCAAUGACGGCCUCCCAGAGGCGCCGUCCCCCAGCACCUCCGGUUCCUGAGCCAGUCCUGACCGGAAACGACGAGGGCGCCUACAGUUUCAUCGUUCCCAGUGGUGAUCGAGAUCGCUGGGAGGUGGAUUAUAAAAGGGGUGUGGCAAUUCGCUGGCACGCCAAACCACGCCAGCAUCUUUUUGUUCCCGGGCACUGUGCAGGAGGGCCUGAGCUAAGUCGCUUGACGGGCCAGAGAUGCACCUACGCAAGGUUCCCCACCGGCGAGGUUCGGGUGCUUAGCGAUAACUAUAUGACGAAGACCAAGCCCGCGCAGGUGCUCGCAGACCGUGAAUGGAGGGGUCGCACGGAGCUUCAGAUGCAUCCCUCAGUCAGUGCCCCUGUAUCAAGUGGCACAAAGAAGGAGCGCUAA